AUGCGCUACUCUGCGCUUGCGAAAGCCGCGCUCAUCGCGGCCAUCGCUGCCCCCGGGCUUGCUCGUCCAGUCACGACUCGCUCAUAUGAGCCUGAGGACGCCGCUUUGAUCGAGCGCGAGUUCCAGGAGGACCUCGUCGUUCGUGAUCACGGCAGACAGGAGCCACGCCCCCGUCCCCCGCCUCUCCCGCGGCCACAGCCUCGUCCUCGUCCUCGUCCGGGCCCUCCACCCCCGGCGCCCCCGCCCAGCCCUGCGCACCGCCCUCGCGAAGAUCAGGAGGCUCUAUUCGAACGCGAGUACGACGAGCUUUCCGAGCGCGAGUUCCAGGAGGAGCUCCUCGCUCGUGAUCACGGCAGAAUGGAGCCACGCCCCCGCCCCCCACCUCUUCCGCGGCCGCAGCCUCGUCCUCGUCCUCGUCCGGGCCCACCACCCCCGGCGCCCCCGCCCAGCCCUGCGCGCCGGCCCCGCGAGUUCGAGGAAGAUCUCGUCGCUCGUACCGUCGGCCACUACAAUCCAGAGCCGCGCCCUAUUCCCCGCCCGGGCCCUCGCCCUCGUCCUCGCCCGGGCCCACCGCCACGCGUGCCGCCAAGGGACCAUACGCGCCGCCCCCGCGAGGAUGACGGGGCCUUGUUUGAACGCGAGUACGACGAGCUUGCCGAGCGCGAGUUCCAGGAGGAGCUCUUCGCUCGUGAUCACGGCAGAAUGGAGCCACGCCCCCGCCCCCCACCUCUUCCGCGGCCGCAGCCUCGUCCUCGUCCUCGUCCGGGCCCCCCACCCCCGGCGCCCCCGCCCAGCCCUGCGCGCCGGCCCCGCGAGGUCGACUACGAGCUCUUCGCUCGUGGCGACUUCGACAUGGACGGCGAGCUGUUCGAGCGCGGCUUCGAGCUUGACGAGCUCGACUAA